AUGGCCGCUCAACCUCCCAGAAAGCGGCAGAGGAGGCUGGUAGUGCAUUCGUCGGAUGAGGAUGAAUCCUACGUGCCGUUCGCUUCUUCACUCGCAGCACCAGCGAGCCACCGGCGGCUCAACACGCGAUUGAUUGCUUCAGAGCCCAAAGGAACUUCAGCUACAUGUUCUAUAGAUACAAGCGCGAAGAAUACGCGUCAUUCAAGGUCUCAAUCGAAGAAAGAAGCUCCUCGGCCCUCGAGUAGCCGGGCUACCUCCACCCAAACCUCUCCAGCGAUCUCUCCUGAGAAACGCAGGACAAGAAAGCAGCCUGAGCCCGAUAAAUCUGCAUCCUCGAAGUCUCUUCAUUCUUUCUUCGCUCCUGCAACGGAGGAACAGCGGUGGAGCAAAGUUGUUGAUGAUUACAAGCCGGACAUUUUGGAGGAAAUUGAGGAUGAAGACAUUGAAGAAGAGCUACUCAAUUGGAAUGGAAGCCGGUCGUUUAACAUGGUAACGUCCUCCCAGGGUGCAAGACAGAGGCAAGGGAAUGGAAGUUUUGCAAUUAGCCGACACACAAACGGCUCAAACGAGGAGCGGAAGCAGAAUGCCACGGCCAAAGCAGCAAUAAGGCCGAAACCCAUCAAGAAAUUCGUCCUGCCUCCAGAUCUUAAAACGGGAAAAUCUGAUUUGGCAGACUUGUGUGAUCAUUUGAAACCGUGGGCUGAACGAUUCGGACCUGCGGAUCUUGACGAACUGGCCGUCCAUAAGAAGAAAGUAGCCGAUGUGCAGAGAUGGCUGGUAGACGUCUUUAUGGGGCGGAGUAAACGCGUGGGUCCCGCAGGCAGUGGAAAAACGACAACUGUCUCGCUGCUAUCGAAGACACUUGGAUAUGAAAUUAUCGAGUGGAAGAAUUCUUCUGGGUCGGAAUAUUCUUCGGCGGGAUACGUGUCGACGAGCGCUCAGUUUGACGAUUUCUUGUCACGGACUGAUAAAUUUAGGAGUCUUUCUAUGUCGCAAGAUUCGCUGUCCGCCAAAUCUAUUAUUAAAGACAAAUCGACUCCCUCAAGUAAUCGAAGGCGAAUCAUUCUCAUUGAAGAGUUUCCAACUUCUUUGAGCCACGGCUCUUCAAGCCUCAUGGCUUUUAGAUCGAGCCUUGAGCGAUACCUUGCAACAACCGUCCCGUCUAUGGGGUUUCAUAGUCGACCCCCAAGACCUGACAACGAAUCGGAUACCCCUAUCGUCAUUAUUGUCUCUGAAACCUUGCUAGGAACGGGAGCGGCGCUCUCGGAUAAUUUCACAGUAUUCAGGCUUCUUGGUCCCGAGAUAUCCAAUCAUCCUGGCGUGAGUAUUAUUGAGUUCAAUCCCGUUGCACCGACUUUCAUAACGAAGGCUCUGGAUCUCGUUCUGAAAAAAGAGGCUCGUAUAUCUAAACGAAGACGUGUUCCCGGUCCCGCGGCUCUCAAAGGUUUUGCAGAAAUGGGUGACAUCAGGAGUGCUAUCGCGUCGCUAGAGUUUCUAUGCAUACGGGGCGAUAAAGAUGGAGACUGGAGUGGAACCGUGGCAAGCAGAUUGAAAAGAGGCGGUAAUACGGUGGCUGCGCUGACCAAUAUGGAGAAAGAAUCGUUGGUCGCAAUUACACACCGAGAAUCGAGUCUAGGGCUCUUUCAUGCUGUCGGAAAAGUUGUAUACAACAAACGCGAAGAUCCCUCAAUUACUGUGGGAUCCAAUGUACAGGCUCCCCAGCCUCGGCAGCAUCUUUCUCAUUUUGCUCGACAAAAAGUUUCUCAGGUUUUGAUUGACGACUUGAUUGACGAAACUGGGACGGAUACCCAGACAUUCAUUGCAGCUCUUCACGAGAAUUACAUCCUUUCAUGUGAGAGCGAAGAUUUUACUGAUUUUUUUGCUGACUGCAUUUCGGAAUUGUCCAAUGCGGACAUCCUUGCCGUCGACAGUCGCAGAGGGGCACGACCCACUCGAAGCAGUGUGGGAUCAGCCCGAUUUUCCUCCAGGGGUCCUGGAAAGAGCGUCGAUUUAUUACGACAAGAUGAAAUGAGCUUUCAGGUAGCUGUGCGAGGAUUGUUGUUUUCCCUUCCUUAUCCCGUGAGGAGACGUGCUAUGCCUGACGGACAAGGGGUUGACGUUUAUAAGAUGUUUUUCCCAACCUCGAUGCGUCUCUGGCGUGAGACCGAGGAGUUGUCGGGUUUGCUAGAUAUGUGGUCUCGCCGUUUAAUAUACCCAGUUUCUUCCACGCACAAUCCUUGCUCCGGUCCUCGAACGGAGGGAAUCGAAUCAUGGGGGAGUUAUCGUGAUUUUACCAAUUCCGGACCUACAGAGGAUGCGCAGACAUCUUCUAUGCCCACCAGAACAAUGAUGUCUUCGCAAGAAGUGCUAUUGGAUUAUUUACCUUACCAAAGGAUGAUUACCAAAGAUCCAUCUGAAAUGGGCGACCUUGAUAGAUUAAUCCGGUUCCGUGGUAUGAUUGGACGAACAAACGAUAUCACGGAUGAAGACUUUGGUAUUCUCGAAGAUCUUGGGUCCGAACAUUGGGCAACGGAUCCUGUGCCAAAAUCUCCACAGAAGCGAAGGAUAUCACGAAAAAUGCUGCCGCCACCCAGACCACGGCCCUUCCAUACUAUGGCGUCGAAGGUGGAAGAAGAUGCGGUGGAGAAGCUGGUGCUGAGCGACGACGAUAUCGAAGACUGA